GAGAAGCAAGGAGAGAGUGUGUGUGUGUGUGCAUAAAGCCGUAAACAAAACAAGAGCGUUUCAAUUGGUGUCUCCCACAAACCACAUAAUAUUAAGAUCUGGGUUAACAAGUUCAAUCUCCCAAGCACUGACCUUGUCUUCUGUCACAGACAUGGGUGAAGAAAAGAAGGAAGAAGAAAAGAAAGAAGAAGUCAAAGAGGAAAAGAAGGAGGAAGAGAAGAAGGAUGAAAACAAGGAGGAGCCACCACCUGAGAUAGUGCUCAAAGUUGACAUGCAUUGUGAGGCCUGUGCAAGGAAAGUUGCAAAAGCAUUGAAAGGAUUUCAAGGAGUGGAAGAGGUGAGUGCUGAUAGCAGGACAAGCAGAGUGGUAGUGAAAGGAAAAGCAGCAGACCCCAUAAAGGUGUGUGAGAGGCUGCAAAAGAAAAGUGGCAAGAAAGUGGAGCUCAUUUCACCGUUGCCAAAACCUCCCGAGGAGGAGAAAAAAGAAGAACAACAAACCAAAGAACCACCCAAAGAGGAGAAAAAAGAUGAGCCUCCUCCGGUGGUAACAGUUGUUCUGAAAGUUGGAAUGCAUUGUGAAGCAUGUGCUCAGGUUAUACAGAAGCGAAUCCGUAAGAUUAAAGGAGUAGAAUCAGUGGAAACAGACUUUGCAAAUGAUCAAGUCAUAGUAAAAGGAGUCAUUGACCCUGCCAAGCUUGUUGAUCAUGUGUACAAGAGGACCAAAAAGCAAGCCUCUAUAGUGAAGAACGAAGAAAAAAAGGAAGAAGAAAAGAAAGAAGAGGAGAAAAAGGAAGAGAAAAAAGAAGGUGAAGAAAACAAGGGAGAAGAAGAAAACAAAACUGAAAUCAAGCGAAGUGAAUACUGGCCAUCGAAAAACUACAAUGACUACGCUUAUGCCCCUCAGUUUUUCAGCGACGAGAACCCAAAUGCCUGCUCUGUUAUGUAAACGUGUUUCAGUUGGAUGCUAAUUAGCUCAAGUAAUUUUCUUUUCAAUGUUGUUAAGAGUUUGUGGCUAAGCAAAAAGAAUGUGUAGCAGUGUGAGUAUGCUAAGGCUAUAUUCGUUCCUUUCCAUAGCAUCUUUAAGAGCUAGAUGUCUUACUUCUUGUGCUUUUGAGUUUUCAACUAGUGUAUAUUCCUUGCCAAAGGGUGGGUACAACGUGUAACAUGCUUCACUGAAUUUUGGCCUAAAAUCUCUUUGCCCAUGAAUGUUGGCGUUCAAAA